AUGUUUUUAUUGGCUUUCUUUAUAUUUGAUAAGGAAAAUUUUUUUUUUGUACAAUCUUUAAGUAAUGAUAAAAAUAAAUAUGUUAAUAUUUUAAAUGCAAAUAAUAUUGAGAAUAUUUUUAAUGACAAUUUUUCAUUUAUCGAUUCUCUAAUAAAUUCCAUUUCAAAAAUUUUGAAGAAAGUUCCUCUUGGAGUGCUAAAGAAAAAGAUAAUAGCUGAACUUGGGAAAGUAGCAAAAGAUCUUAAAUUACCAAACCCAGAUGAAGAAAUAUGUGAUAUUAAUUAUUCCGAAUUAUGCCCAGAAGGAUGGGUAAAUUUUGGGGACGGAAAAAAUUGCUUAAGCCCAAGUAACUAUGUUGGGCCAUGUAAAAAAAAAGUAUCUUUCAAAAAUAAAACAGCAAUUAAUAAAUAUGAAUUUUCAGUAAAAUGUAAUGUAUCAUGGCCUUGUAUAGGAAAAUGUGUAGAAGAUUUUACAAAAAAUUGUCCAGAAAAUUGGAUUCUAAAAAAAAAAAAUAUUUGUUAUGCUCCUAAAAGUUAUAAAGAUAUAUGUGUAAAAGAAAAAAAUUUUACUAAUUUUUCUAAAUCAGAAAAAAAGAUAUGGGGAGAUAUAUGCAAUGUUAAUUGGCCUUGUUAUCAAAAAAAUUAUAAUAUAUUAUGUCCAUUAGGUUGGAAAAAAAGUCCAGAUAAUAAAAGUUGUAUAGGGCCAGAAUCUUAUACAGGCCCAUGUAAAAAUAUUUUAUAUUUAAAUAAUUUAAAUAAAAAUGAAAAAAUAUUAUUAAAAAAUAUAUGUAAUAUUGAGUGGCCAAUUUAUCAAGAUAAUGAACAAAAUUUUGAUUCUUUUUUAUGUCCAACUGGAUGGAAUCUAUCACAAAUAAAUAAUUCGAUUUGCAUUGCUCCAAAAAAUUAUAUAGGACCAUGUGCUAAACAAAUUUCUUUAUCUACAUUUAGUAAAGAAGAUAAAUCAAAUUUUUCUAAAAAUUGUCUUGUUCAUUGGCCAUUUAUUCAAAAUACAAAAAAUAAAAAUAGUAAUCAAAAUUUUAAUUUUCCAUGUCCUGAUAAUUGGGAAUUAAUUAAUCAAAAAAAAGAAAAAAAUAUUUGUAUUGCUCCAAAAAAUUAUAUAGGGCCAUGUAAUAAUAUUGUAUCUUUUAAAAAUUAUACUAACGAAAUGAAAGAAGCUUGGGCAUAUGCUUGUAAAGUCAAUUUUCCAUAUGAUAAUUUGAAACAUACAAAUAAUAAAAAAGUAGAAAAUGAACAGAAUGAAAAAAAUUUAAAAAUUUACGGAAUAAGAAAUAGUAAUAACACUAUGAUAAAUAUUCCAUCAAUUAAUAAUGGACCUUUUGGUUCUUCAGGAUCUAUAUAUGAAGGUUUAGUUUUAGAUGCAGAUAAAGGAAUAGAAUAUGGUCAAAAUCGUAAUAAAUCAAAAAAUAAAAGUAAAAUUGUUAUACAAGAUUUUGAAAAUAUUGAUAGUGAAAAUUUUAUUAUCACAGAUGAUAAAAUUAAAGAUCUUAUAUUAUUAAAAGAAUCGACUGAAAAUGAAAAAAUGAAACAAACUAUUGAUGAAACAAUUAAGCAAUUAAGAACCAAAUAUACUUUUGGAAAAUUCGAUUAUUCUUUUAUACAAGCCUAA